AUGAACACGCCGCAACAGCAUCAUGAGGACCCAGGGUCCAGAUCGCCCUCAUUUCCCAUACUACAGGGUGCUAUUCCCUACCAUCGCUUCACAAUUGCCUGGGUAUGCGCGUUGCACAUUGAGAGAGCGGCAGCACUGGCGAUGCUAGACGAAACGUUCGAGUCUGCGCCAGUGCUCGUUCCCAGCUUGGACGUUAAUACAUAUACGCUCGGUCGCAUUGCGCAGCAGUACAUCGUCAUUGCCUGCCUGCCUGAAUCCCAGUACGGGACCAACAACGCGGCCAUUGUCUUAACCAACCUGACCAGGACAUUUUCUUCCGUGCGAAUGGCCUUGAUGGUCGGCGUCGGCGGUGGUGUGCCAGGCAGGACAGACAUGCGCCUGGGAGAUGUCGUUGUCGGGACAAGAGUCAUGCAGUACGAUAUGGGCAAGAUAUCCGACAGAGGGCUCUUGCAGCGCACGGCGGUCGCGAGGGUGAUACAUCCGCUUCUUGGCACUGCGGUUUCUUCUCUGCGAUCGGACCACGAGCUGCAGCCUGGUCGACUUCUCCAGAUCCUGCGGAACGGGCUCCGUAAGCUCCCUCAGUACUGUCAACCGAGCACGCCUGAUCGACUCUUCUUGACAACGUAUCAACACGAGCUUUCGGAGGAUUCUUGCGACACAUGCGACGAAACAAAGUUGGUGAUUCGUAUAAAGCGGCCGUCGGAAGAUUUCGUAAUACAUUACGGGGCGAUCGCUUCAGGUAACCAGGUGAUGAAGAACAGCACGGCUCGAGAUGAAAUCGCUCGAGAACUCGACGUCGUCUGUUUUGAGAUGGAGGCCGCCGGGCUAAUGGAUGUGCUGCCUUGCCUCCCGAUACGUGGUAUCUGCGAUUACUCGGAUUCUCACAAGAGCAAAGAAUGGCAGAAAUACGCCGCGGCGACGGCCGCUGCUUAUGCGAGAGCCUUUGUAGAGACGCUGCGAGUAACGUCGCUGCAAGAAUCUGUUUCGCGAGAUUAUGCCUCUCGCGCCCAGGGUCAGUGA